AUGGCACAACCUGAUGGGAAGCCCUCUGGCAUUUGCGCCAAGCGACAGCUGCUGGGUGCCCUAACCACAACGGACCUCACCAUCCGCCGCUUGGAUCUCAUGCUAUCCACAGCCAGUGGUCAAGAACGAGUACUUGCGACCAUCAACUAUACCGCCUCAAUACUGCACCACCUCACGGCCUCGGCCCCAUGGAUCGCUCUACAAACGAGAUUGGGUCUCCUCGCGCGACUCAAAGGCCGCACACCUAAUAUUUCUUCGCCUUCCACAAAAUCAAAAUUCUCCGCCCUCUCCUCACUCGCUUCGGAAACGAGAUAUAACCUCCGCCUCUUCGGCCUUCUCGAGCUUUGGAUCUGGGGAGCCGAUACGCUCAAGAACCCGCCUAAGGACCGCACGCUCCACGUCCUGACGGUGCUACAGGUUAUCUCGAACGUGAUAUAUCAGUUCCUUGAGAACGUGGGGUACCUCGCUUCCAAGGGUAUUGUCUCGAAGCGCCUCGUCGAGAAAUAUGGGAGUCUCACGCAGUGGGAUCUGUGGAGUACACGAGGCUGGUUCGGACAUAUCUUCUUCCAGUUCUUCGUUCUCUGGCGGCAGCAUGUAUUGCGCAAGCGACGUGUUGCUGCUGAGCGCGCGGCCGCUGGUACGGUCGAGAGCAAAGAGACCAAGGCUGAAGAUGACGAGGCUAUGAGGCUGGAGAUUCGGUCUUGGAAGAAGAGUCUGGUGAAUAAUGCUUUCUGGGCUCCUUUGUGUCUGCAUUGGUGCUUUGAGAAGGGAAUCGGUAUCCCAGAAAGCUUGGCUGGUGUUAUCAGUUUCGGCGCUGGGGCUUGGAGUCUACAUGAUAUGUGGGCGGCGACGAAGUCGGUCAAGGCUUAG